AAAAGAGAAAAGAAUUUGGCUGCAUUAGCAUUGCGGUAAUGGUGUUGUCAUGGGCUACGGCCCUUCUAUUCAACCCAACUCACUGCUCCACAACACUCUAGAGAGAGCGGGAGACACAGAGAAAGAGAGAAAGAGAGAUGGCGAGAAGGAGAUUGUUGCUGCUGUUGAAAUCGUUCGACUAUUACCCAAUGCGCCAAUUAAACGGUCAUUCUCGGAUCACCAACCCCCAGGCAUUGCAGAUGUUAGAUUACUUGGAGAACAGGCGUAAGGUGCACAUGGAUGCCAUAAAAUAUUGUCAGGAAAUUCUGCAGCAAAGGCCAGUUGAUUGGGAGCCCAUAUUCCGUAACAAUCUAUCACAGUCCAUCCGUAACGUAGACCUGGUUAUUACAGUUGGUGGUGAUGGCACUCUUUUGCAGGCCAGCCAUUUCAUGGAUGAUACAGUUCCAAUUCUUGGAGUGAAUUCUGACCCCACACAGAUUGAAGAGGUGGAACAGUUCAGCAAUGAGUUUGAUGCUAAUAGAAGCACAGGCCAUCUUUGUGCAGCGUCUGUCAAUAACUUUCAACAAGUGCUAGACGACAUCCUCGCAGGUCAUAAGGCUCCUUCCAAAUUAACAAGGAUAUCAAUAUGUGUAAACUCAGAAGUACUGUCAACAUAUGCUCUUAACGAUAUCUUAAUUGCGCAUCCAUGUCCAGCGGCACUUUCUCGGUUCUCAUUCAAAAUUAAAAGAGAUGACCAGUCUUUUUCCCCUUUAGUGAACUGUCGAUCAAGUGGUCUGAGAGUUUCAACAGCUGCCGGUUCGACAGCUGCAAUGCUCUCAGCAGGUGGAUUUCAAAUGCCCAUUUUAUCUCGGGAUCUCCAAUAUAUGGUAAGGGAACCCAUUUCCCCUGGAGCAGCCUCUAGCUUGAUGCAUGGAUUAAUCAAAUCUGAUCAGUACAUGGAGACCACAUCGUUCUGUAAGGAGGGUGUUAUAUACAUUGAUGGUUCUCAUAUUUGCUAUCCUGUCCAAAAUGAGGAUAGAAUUGAAAUAUCUUCCAGGGCCCCAAUUCUGGAAGUAUUUUUGCCUCCCCAUUUGGUAUCAGAGAACAAAAGUGCAGAAAGUUGAGGCAAAAUAUCUUUAUCAGAAAGAAAUGGACAUUUCUAAAUAAGAGUUGAAUAUGCAAGACAGGAAUAGUAAAGAUGAGUUGGAGACGGCACUUAUACAAGGGAGAUUCUGUCUUGGGAAACACAAAAUGUAGGUUGAGGUUGAGGUUUACCUUGCAGAAAAUUGAGCUACAAGUGUGUUAGCUUCAUGGGAAUCCUGGAUUUCUAAGAGGAAUCCGGUUUAAGCAUAUAGACUUGGUAUUUCUCCACACAGUUGGGGCCAGAUCAUGUAUAUAGUCCGCACUCUGUUAGUUUUCCUCAAGUGGAGAAUGUAUGGCAAGUUUUGAAUAAUGUUAUUUAGUAGACUGAAAUAUGACAGCCAUAUAACUUGAAUAACGUGGCAAUAAAAAUCAAUUUUUGAUUGUUUUUUUCUUUUACAAGUGCUGACCGAGUAACUAAUAUUCACUGUCAUAUCAUCAAGUUCGUAUAUCAGUCUACUAAAUAACAUUACUCUUUGAAAAAAUUGAAAUCUAGACUUCCUAUAGUUAUUUCCAUGUAAAUCAAGGCUGAUCUCUGUUGCGUGGCCCGGAGCUUGGAACCUCUCCACGUCAUCUACCAUGUCCAACAUGAAAGCUCUAGUUGUUUUUAGUUUGUUUUUGCAAUCUUAUUUUGUUUCUGAAGGAAGAUGAUUGUUAGGGUUGUUAAGUUUCUAUGCUCACGAUGGAAGUUUUUCUUGCCUUCAAUGAAAGAUUUUGAUGAAUUUGUGUCCUCCA